AUGCUCUCCUUCCCAUUGUUUAGAAAAGCAAAAAAAAGUGACAGGGGGACAACCCAACUGUACUGUUUAAAUCCCAUUAAUUUUGUUCUGUUUAUUAUGGCACUUAUAUUACGGACAUAAUCAAAAUUAUUACACAAAAUUCUGGUCGUUUUUUGCCGUUCAAUUCCCAUUUUCUCUCAUCAGUUGAGUCUUGGGUUGUGUUUUCAUGGCGUUUUUUGAUCUGGGUCUUGUCCAAAAUGUGAUUUUGAGCUCAAUUUUGGUGUUUCCCCGUUUGGGUUUUUGCUGAUUUUUAAAAAGGGCACAUCAGCAUUAAUUGCCGCUCUCUAACUCUAACAAUUCUCCAUUGUUGUCGCAGAGAUUGUUGGUUGGGGUAUAGUUAUUAAGAGAGAACAGAGAGCAGAGCACUGGUUCCUAGAGUGGUUAGCAGCAGCACAACACUAGGGUUGUUCUUGUUCCCUGUGCUUGUCGCUCGUGCGCUUCAAAAUCCUUCAGCGCGCAGUCAGAUCUCGAGGCUUCUCUUUCUAUCUUCACCUUUCCUUCCUCCGCCAUUCUCUCUUUCGAAGCCAAGCUGUGCCAACCCCUCACUGGUUGGGUUUGAUACAUAGCAUUUGGAGAGCCCUGUUUUGGGUUUGAGACUUGAGUUGUAUAGGCUCAAAGGUGGUGUGACCCUGUCAAACUGACCUUUUGAAAUAGAUAUAUUUCGCAUUGCCACGAUCAUAGGAGGGUCGGUGGAUAUUGUUGAAUAUAGAUGGUGUUGCUUGGCAUUCAAACCGAGUUGAAUUACUGGAUGUGGAGUGUGGAAUGUGGAAGGAUGACUCAUUGGUUUGCAUAGUUAAGGAGCGAAACUCGGUCCGUGAUUGUGGGCUUUGGUGGGUAUUAAAGUGAUUGUAAUGAUCUAUUCUGAGUAUUUCUUUUGAUUGGCCUGGAGGGAGUGUUAGGGUAGUUUGGCUUUUGAUGUGGAAUAUUGGUCUCAAGUACAAGACAUGCUGAGUUCCGAUGGGGGCGAGAAGGAUUUGUUCUUUGAUUCCGCAGAGUAUUUGUCAUCUGAAGAGUCAGUGGUAGUGAAGGAGGAGUUGGAGUAUGAGAUUUGGUUGAAUGAGCCACCGAGUGUGAAGGAAAGACGAGAGAGUUUUCUACGGCAGAUGGGUUUAGCUGAAUCUGGAUCUACAAAGUUUGGUUCUGUGGAGAUGGAAAGGGACGUUGGUACCUCAUCGGAGAUGAUGGGAUUGGAGAGACUUUUGGAGUGGAGUGGAGCUGCCUCGAGCUCUUGCAGCUCCUCCUCUAGUCACAUUGAGGAAUAUUCGGGUUUUCAUAGCAGGGAAGGGGACAAUCUAGCAAAUUUUAUGUAUGAUGAAUUGGACAGAGACCUGCAAGACAAGUCAAAUUUAGUUUCCAUUCUACAGUCAGUACAAGUUUCGACUUCUGGUAGUGAUUGUUCUCAGGGGGGAACUUGUUCUGAGAGAGAAACUGAGGCUACUGAAGAAGAAUGCGAGAGUUCAAAGGAGGGCCGGAAGAAGAAGAGAAGUUGGUGGAAACAGUUUAUAAACAAGAGCAAGAGGAGAGGAGGUAAAGUUGUCUCAGAGGUAUCAAAACCUGAUACUGAAGUAUCCAAAGAAAACAGAAUGAAGAUCAAACAGAACAGUAAGAGGUACAUGGAGUUUGCUGCACUUUGCACCGGGCAAGAAAUUCAGGCUCACAAUGGGUUUAUUUGGACGAUGAAGUUUAGUCCUGAUGGCCAAUACAUUGCAACUGGUGGUGAAGAUGGGGUUGUGCGCAUUUGGUGUGUUACAGCAGAUGCCUCUUGUAAUUACCUUAUGGCUCAAGGCAACUUAGAUAGCAAACUUAAAAAGAUCAAGUCUGGAUGUCGAGUUAUUUUUCCUGACAACAGUUUUCGAAUUGAAGAGUCACCUCUCCAAGAGUUUCUUGGCCAUUCCAGUGAUGUGUUAGACCUGGCUUGGUCAAAUUCAAACCGUCUCAUUUCUUCGUCCAUGGAUAAAACUGUUCGUCUGUGGGAAGUUGGUUGCAGUCAGUGCCUACAUGUUUUCCAUCACAAUGACUAUGUUACAUGCAUUCAGUUCAAUCCUCUCGAUGACAAUUACUUCAUCAGUGGAUCCAUAGAUGGAAAGGUUCGAGUUUGGGGGCUUUCUGAGAAGCGAGUUGUUGACUGGGCUGAUGUGCGAGAUGUCAUAACAGCUAUUUGUUAUCAACCAGAUGGGAAGGGUUUCGCAGUUGGUUCCCUUGCAGGCACUUGCCGCUUCUAUGAAGAAUCAGGAAAAGAAGCUCUUCAGCUUGUUGCACAGAUUCAUAUUCGUUCUAGAAGGAAGAUCUCUGGCAACAAAAUCACCGGCAUCCAGUUUUCCGAGGAAAAUGCUCAAAGAGUUAUGAUAACAUCAGAAGACUCAAAAGUCCGUGUGUUUGAUGGGGUAGAUCUCAUUAAGAAAUACAGAGGUCUUCCAAAGUCAGGAAGUCAAAUGUCAGCUUCUUUCACAUCCAGCGGGAAACGUAUAAUCUCAGUUGGAGAGGACUCGCGCGUUUAUUUAUGGGACUAUGACAGCUGUUGUGUUCCAUCAUCCAAGCAUACAAAAUCUGUUCGAUCCUGCGAACAUUUCUAUUGUGAAGGUGUGUCUGUUGCAAUCCCUUGGUCAGGCAUGGGAACAGAAGAUAGGAACUUAGAAACUGCUAGUCCACGAUAUUGCUCACAAACACAAGACCGAAUAGACGCUACUCCUGGCAGUAGAGAUUCGGAACGCUUUUUGCUUGGGAAUUGGUUCUUUCUGGAGGGUUCCUGCAGAGGCUCUGCAACUUGGCCCGAGGAAAACCUUCCUCAGUGGGAUUCACCAGUGGCAGGAGAGGAAGAUGAUCACUGGCAAUACAAAGACCAUCAACACCAUCACCACCACAAUAAAGCUCACAACCACUUGACGAAAUCAGAAACGUGGGGGCUUGUCAUUGUAACUGCCGGAUGGGAUGGAAAAAUCAGGACAUUCCAUAACUAUGGACUGCCGGUCAGUUUGUAGGAGUUCAUUUGUCUCAGCAUGCAGUCGUUGAUCAUCUUGGCAUCGAGAUCCUAGCUCAUUAAGUAGGUUAGCAGAAUCAGCAGCAGAGAAUUGAAAUCUAUGAAUUUCGAAGGCUUUCGACAAUGUAUUCACGCAGCUUUCCUCACUGCUGUUCUUGUUAGGAUAUAAGAUUCAUUAGAGCUUGAAGCCUUGUGAAGAGCUUCAUUAGUGUGUACAUUUCACUUUGUUAUGUCACUCAAGCUUGUGUGGACUGCCCAUUAGGGUAGGCUAUCUAUGCAGUUUCUCAAAUUCACAUUCUUUUUUUGUGAAUAUUAAUUAGAUUAAUGGAAUACUAGCU